AUUCUCUCAGCUCGCCCGAGCAGCAGCUCCUGGCGCCUCGCGCCUCUCGCGCCGCGCCGGGUCCAAGCUCCAAACCUCGUCAUGGCGGAGCUGCAGGCGCUGCUGGCGCGGCUGCGGCUGGAGAAGUUCGGGGCAGCGCUGGGGGAGCUCGGGGUGGAGAGCCCUGCGGACCUCAGCUACCUGCAGGACUCGGACCUAGAGAAGCUGGGGCUGCCGCUGGUGCCGCGCCGCAAGCUGCUGGAGGCGGCCGGCGGCCAAUGGCGCGACAAGGCGCCGGAGUUCGCGCCCACGCCAGCGCCGGCGCUGAUGCCACCGCAGGCCCUUCUCAAGGCGGCUCCUGCCCCCGCGCCCGCGCCCGCGCCCGCGCCGGCGGCAAUGCCGGCCUUGCCGCCAAAGGCCGAGGCGCCUGAGCUGCUUGAAGAGGAAGGAGAGGAGCUGUCGGCGGAGGCGAAGGAGGAGCUCGAGCAGCUCAUCCGGGACAUCAGGAGUAUCCGCGAAGACUUUGCCACCGUGAACUGCCUGGACCUGGCCUCCAGGGGAAAGCUGGCGAACCUGGCGCCCAAGGUGGCGCUGCGCGCCAUGGGCCUCCUGGGCACCGGGAACUCCUUCUACAUGGAGGGCAUCCGGAAGCCGGGGGCGGCGCUGGCGGCGCGGAGCCGCGCGGUGUCGCAGAAGGCGCAGGGCCAGGCGCCGUACCAGGACUGGGUGAAGCUCCUGGAGAGUUUCAUGGCCGCGAACAAGCUGUCGGAGUCCACGCAGGAGGCGCUGGAGGCGUUGAGCCGCAACCAGGCGCUGCGGGUCAUGGGCUUCACCUCGCAGCUCCGGUUCUUGGCGGGCCCCGUGUACCGCGGGGAGGCGGAGCUAGAGGUGCGGACACGCAUCUGGGCGGUGCUCUCCGACGCGCCCAUGGACCCCGUGCUGCCCCGAGUCAAAGGCGAGGAGAAGAGCGACCGCAGCCGGAGUCCUCGCAGGACGCCGGAGCAAGUCCCCCACUGGCAGCGCCACGUGGAGACCUUCAUUGAGCUGAACGCCCUGGACGAGCGCACGGCCGCGCUGCUGCGGGAGUCUCCAGCGCACCAGGCGCUGCAGGUGACCGGGUUGGUGGGCACCGAGAACUCCUUCCUGAUCCGAGGCGUGCGCCAGACCUCCGCGGCGGUGGUGAACCGACUCCGCAAGGCGCAGGAGAUGAGCUGCGGCCGGGAGCCCUUCUCGCAGCUGGCCAAGCUCAUGGAGGACUUCGUCAACGUGAACCGCCUGGAGAGCCACGUGGCCGAUCGCUUCCGAGGCCUACCUCGGCAGCAGGCGCUCGAGGUGAUGGGUUUCGGCAAAGACGCGGCAGAUUUUAUCAUCAAGGGGGACCCCACGGGCGAGGUGCUGCGGCGCUUGGACGAGAAGUGAGAGA